AAUUUGAAACUAACCCAAACUCUGCUAAUAUAUGAUGUGAUAGGCCCUACUGUGGCUGCAGAGGUAGUCAGCAGCGCAUUGCAGAACACUAGGUUUAGUCUACAGUAAAGUGCCCUGCGCUUCUGAGCCUCUUGGAAGCGAGGGAGAGCUGAGAUCAAAAAAUGUGGAAAUGGAUCGUCUCUUUGGAGUGUUAGUGAUAAGAUAAUAAAUCAGCGGUAUCCAGGUUAGGACAAAAAGAUGACUUGACUUGUAAUAUUUUCAUAAAGACUUUGUUAUAACACUGUAUUUCAGUAAGGCUUUUAUUACUUAAAAGUACCCACAUAUAUUUCAUACUCUUAAUUUGGCUGGUGUGAACACCUGAAAUAGCCAUCGUUAGUCUGGCCCUUGCUUAUUGCUCUGUCUCCAGCAGCAGAGGAAGCGUAAGAGUAAAUAACUUGUGUUACAACAGAUUGUUUGAACUAUCUGGACUAAAGCUGAGCUAAAUGAGGUCAUUCUUUGUAUUACUAAACAGUCAACUAGCAAAUCACGGUAAGAGAAAAACCUACUUCUUCCAGUAUCCCAUUGCAUCACUCGGAUCUUUGCUUUUGGUAACAUUUUUGCUUGUACUCAAGAGAUUUAAUUCAUUUGCCUUCAGAGUUGGAACUUUUGAAUUUUCCUUCUGGGCUGGUAAAGCAAAGCCCAAGGAGUGUUUCAUCACCUUGUAGACUUGACUUGUGUAUCGUAACUGACACGGUAGGAGCGUGGUAGAGCCAAAUGACGACUUCAGAAGAGCCAAUACCCAAUAGAACGCAUUUCUUGCUGUCCUUGCGGCACCUUUGUUAUCAAAGACGACUGCAAACGUGGUGCUUUUCUUUUUGUCCACUUGUAACCUUGACUGCUGUCAGCUCAAAGGUCUACGUUUGCAAAAGGGGUCUUGUUACUAGCUUCACUGAAUGUCAUCAGUUUGAGAACUCGUGCUGGGAUGAAUUAUCCUUAUGAAAGAGGCUGUCGAACUCAUACGUGCCUGUUCUGGUUUUAAGUGACUAAUUUCUUAAAAAUUACCGCAACAGGUAGAAAACAUUUUAAAAGGAGUCAAAGCUCUCACGAGGACAAAUGAAAGUGACCAUUCAACACAGCGUUAGCCCCCCUCUGCUAUUUGUCCUGCCCUUUUGGGUGGUUUUGGUCUGUAAUUCUCAUUCUGGAAGCAGCUGUCGAGUCAGCUUGCCUCUGUGGUCUUUUCUUUUGGGAGAGAAGUGUUUGUCUUCUGGCAAGCCCCUACUGGAAUCUCUCUCCCCAUGAUGACGAGAGCUGUUAAUGAAAUGGGGAUUUCUGUACCUCCCAUGUGUAGUCAAUCUACCUUAAUAUCUUAAAAUGGUAUGGCAGGGGAAAAAAAAGUUGUGGAAGUAAAAGUAGCAUUUAUUAUCAUUUCAUUGUGUUGAGAUAAAAAGAUCAGUUACCACUAGGCCUGAAUUGCUGUCGUUAUUUUUUCACACUGAAGUAAAAUUUGAGAUUCUCUUAAUUUUCCAGUCUUUCAGACCCUCAUUUGCAAAUGUGAGCAGACUUUUUUGCUUUUCCUGUUUAGCCCUAUUGGGGUAAAUGGCUUUAGGCUUUUCCUUAUGUAUCAGUAAUGCUAUUUGUAGGUUGAAUUAGUGUUGGUUUUUUCAUAAUUAGUGCAGAAAUAGGACAAAACUCUUCUAUAGUAGUGGAGAGACUUCUGCAUGUCUUAAUGUUUGAAACAAACUUGAUCAGGAUCCAUAUUUAAGGUUAUAUGAUAGACAGGAUUUUUUACCAGAACUCAUUACUGAAGUACUUUCAAUUUAAUAGGUUACUGUAAGAAACAGCCGAGCUUUGAGGAUUUUUUGAAUCGUAUUAUUAAUAUGUUGUCUUGCAAUUCACUGAAGAACUGUUUGGGAUGUUGCAAAGUGAUGGACUGGCAUGGUACGGAAGAGAAAUUAAAAGUCUGUUAUCACUUCAAGAGGGUAACUUGUCAGCAGAAGGUGACAAGGAAGAAGAAUACAAGGAGCAGAUGCUGUGGGUUGGAAGACAGGCUGGAAUCGGCACCAAGACAGCCAUGCCAAGGGGACUGUAUCAUCCAGCAACAGUCUUCAUGGGCCACUGCACAUCGGCUCUCUUGGCUGCCGGAGAUGUGGGCAUGCAGCAGAAACCCUCCCAGCCCACAGAGAACUGCUCGGCGCCUGACCUGCCUUUGUGCUCACUGUCGCUUGAAGGACUUGGUUCAGAGAGCGGAAGCGCUGAUUUAGGGAGUGAUGCAUCAGAGGAGGGAGCAGCGAGACAGGGGGACCUGGCUGCCAGUGAGGAAGGCUCCCAGCAGCUCAUCUCCUCAGCAUCCGAUCCCAAACCAGCCGACCCCGAGGAGCAGCAGCUGUGGGGAAGUGUCCCAGAACCAAAGCCUCGCCCAAGUAACUGGUGCACUCGUAAGGAGGCGAGCUGGGAGAGCAGCGUUGAGCUCUCCAUGCCUGUGAGCGCCGAGGAGGUGAUGCUGAGUGCUCCCGGUGUGCUGCAGGGUACGGCCUCGCCAGCGACCAGCUGGGAGCGGGGCAGGGAUGCUGCCACUGCAGAGGACUCCCCACUGCAACCAUUGAACCCUCCCGCGGUGCAGGAGGAGCCCUCGGUCAGCUCAGCGCUAGACAGGCACGGCGGGACGCUGGCGGGACUCUCCCGUGCGCUGCAGUUGAUAGAAGAGAGGGUGGUGAGGAGGAGCCCCUGGCAGCGGGCGCCGUACCAGGGCGAGCACACGGGGACGAUGGGCACGGCGGAGCUGCUCAGCUUUUGUAAUCGGGCCGGCAGUCUGAAAGAAGACGACCUUGAAGCAUGCGAAGCAGUCGUCCUUCAUCAGCUUCGGGCUUUGUUACAGAGCGUGCUGAAUGGAUGCCUCCUACCUGAGAAAACACUCGAUGCUAAAGGUAGAGCGGUGGAUGAAAAGCAAACCAGGCCAGACCAGCAGUGGGACGUGGACAUGCUACAGACUUGUUUGAGCAACCACGCCUUGUUCUUGAAAAAGCACCAGGUUCAGCUCACGGAAGAAGUGGCGGAGAUGUUUGAAAGGCUGCUGGUUUCCAGCAAGAAGGCGCAGGACAGCCAGGCUCUACCGGUGUUGAGAGAGGCCCUUCCAGAAGAGUGUGGGGAUAGGUCAUCUAUUGAGAGUAAUGAAUCAUCUUACAGCUUGCCAUCGAUCCCAAACGACGGCGGGGAAAUAAGGCAGGCAAAACACGCUCCCCAGCUCACCGGCGCGGGAGAACAAGAAGUCACAAGCGGGUGUGAAGAUGAGAGCAAGGAAGAAAGCGCGGUCGAAAAGAUUCCUAUUACAGGUUGGGAUCUUGGUGACAAGAGUUCCAAAGCAAAAGGGAGCCAAGAAAUGGAUUCGGAAAGCAGUUUGUCGUCGAAAGAAAGUCCUCCCUUCUCAAGGACUGAAACCAGGAAGGGAAUGGUGGCAGCUAUAAAAUCCAAAGCUUUCUGGGGCGAAUCUGACGACAGCAGCUCCGAGAUUGAGGCCGCUUUGCGCCCCCAAACUCACGGUACAGAAGUAGAUGAAUUUGAUGAUUUCUAUGAUUGAUUCCCCCGCUUCUUUUGGGAAGAAACAACCAUCAUCAUCUUGGACAUAUUGAGAGUGCUGCUCUCUAAAGUGCAGCUCAUGGCCUUGUAGCCAAAGGAAAUUUAGACGCAGAAUAAACGUUCCUCGGUACUAUA